GACCUCCUCUACGAACUGAUGAAGCAGAAGGGGAAGCCCGAGGGCAGCUCCUUGUGUCCCCCCCUGGGAAAAAAGACCCCCAAGGACACCGCGUCUCCCCGACCCUCCCUCCUGGCGCUCGGCAAGGCGGCCGGCGAGCGCUCGCUGGACGCUCCCGUCAACAAAGCCAUCAAAUCCCCUCCUGGCUUCUCCAAAAACCUUUCCCAACCGGGAUCUCCCAUCCUGAAGAAGGUGCCACCUGCUCUCUCGGGGUCUCCAUCUCCCAAGAAUCCUGAGGAGAAGGGCUCCAAGCUCUCGCUGAGCCCCCUGCAGAGCUCCCCGAAGGCGCAGUGGCCACAGGCGGAUGAGGAAGGACCCCUGAAUUUAACCUCGGGCUCGGAGCCGGUGCGCGACAUCCGCUGCGAGUUCUGCGGGGAAUACUUCGAGAACCGGAAGGGCCUUUCCAGCCACGCGCGCUCCCACCUGCGCCAGAUGGGGGUGACCGAGUGGUACGUCAACGGUUCCCCCAUCGACACCCUCCGGGAGAUCCUCAAACGCAGGACCCAGCCCCGGAGCAGCACCUCCCACAGCCCCGGACCUGGGCAAAAAGCCAUGGCCAAGACCCUCCUGGGCACCAUGGGAUCCCUGGAGCCGCGCGGUCCCGGAGAGCUUCACAUCCCAACUCUUCCCAAGAAGAAGAAACUCAAACAAGAUCAACUGAGGGUGGAAAUCAAACGGGAGAUGAUGUCGGGAGGACUCCAUGGAGAACCUCACCCCUCCGACCGAGCCUGGUCCCCGCGGGAGGAGAUGUCCCCCCUCAACCUCUCCUCCCGCGCUGACCCGGUGCGCGACAUCCGCUGCGAGUUCUGCGGGGAAUACUUUGAGAACCGGAAGGGCCUCUCCAGCCACGCGCGCUCCCACCUGCGCCAGAUGGGGGUGACCGAGUGGUCGGUCAACGGUUCCCCCAUCGACACCCUCCGGGAGAUCCUCAAGAAGAAAUCCAAACCCUGCCUCAUCAAGAAGGAACCUCAUCCCGCCACCAUCGAACCCCCCAAAGCCAUCGGCGAGGAAGGGACGGAGCUCAAGUCCCCUGGGAAGAUCCUCCAGGGAAUGGCCCUGGCCCCGCUCGGGGGGAGGCCUGGGAAGCCCAAUCCCAGCAGCUCCACCUUGAACCGGGAGCUUUCCCUGGCUCCACUGGCCGGGAAGGCCCCGGGGGGAUUCCUGGCACCCUUGGGCACCAAACGACCUCUGGCCGAGGAGCGACUGGGGCCGCACGGGGAGGUGAAGCACAAGUCCUACAUCCAGACCGAGCUGCCCUUCAAGUCCAAGGCCCUGCAUGAGAAACCCACCCAUUCCUCCAGCGAGGCCUGCUGUGAGCUCUGUGGCCUGUACUUUGAGAACCGCAAGGCCCUGGCCAGCCACGCCCGGGCCCACCUGCGCCAGUUCGGGGUCACCGAGUGGUGCGUCAACGGGUCCCCCAUCGAGACCCUCAGCGAGUGGAUCCGGCACCGGCCCCACAAGGCGGGCGCCUAUCGGAGCUACAUCCAGGGGGGACGUCCCUUCACCAAGAAAUUCCGGAACUCUUCCCACUCUUCCCGGGAUCACGACGCCCGCCGGGUCCCCCUGGGCCUCCCGGCCGGAGGCGUCGCCCUCCUGAGCAAAGGGCUGGGGGGAGAGUUGGAGGCUGGAAAAAUCCUGGAUGGGGGAAGCGGCGGCGAGAGGCCCAUGAUCACCUCCCCCCUCUCCUUGGUGAAGCUGGAGGAACAUCAGCGCUCCAACAUCAACAAGUUUGAGCGGAGACAGGCGAGACCCCUGGAUGCCCCCCUGCCCCGGGACGAGGAGGGGAACGAGUUCCAGCAGAAGCUGGAGGAGGCGCGGCCGCCGCCGCCGCGGGUGCGCCCGGUGCCCUCGCUGGUCCCGCGCCCGCCCCAGACCUCCCUGGUGAAGUUCGUGGGGAACAUCUACACCCUCAAGUGCAGGUUCUGCGAGGUGGAAUUCCAAGGCCCCCUCUCCAUCCAGGAGGAAUGGGUCCGACAUCUCCAGCGACACAUCCUGGAAAUGAAUUUCUCCAAAGCGGAUCCGUUCCGGAGCGACGCGCCCCCCGCUCCCCCCGAGCCCCCCGCCCUGGCCCAGGCUCCGUGACGGAGCCGGAACAUCCUCAACCCCCCUUUCCCACCUCCACCAUUCCCUAUCUUUUUUUUUUUUUUCUUUUUUUGUUUUGUUUGGGAUCAGGGGAAGGGGGGAGGGAUCGAUGCUGCCUUCGCCCCCUCCGGAGCCUCCCCCCCCGAUCGAGGGGGUGGGGGUGGGGGGGCCACAAAUCCCAGCCACAAGCACUACAUGGAUCGAGACCCUCGGGAAGCGGGACCGGGAUCGAGGAGGGAACGACUCGAUGCCCAUCCCGUUGGGAAUAGGGGGUGGGGGGGGGUGAAGGGAAGGGAAGUGAAGGGAAUUCCCCCCUUCCUUCACUUCCCCAAAUCCGGCUGGUUUUGAACCCAAAGAACAAACGGUGUCACCGGGAUGAAGCCGGGUUGGAAUUUCGGGAAUCGACCACGUUCCUGGAAAACGCUGUGGAUUUUGUAUAUGACCCUUGGAGUUCAUGUAUAUUCGAGUUCCCCUUUUUCCAUAGGACACCAGGAAGUUUUAGUCUCUCCUAGAUGUUGGAAUUCUUCGGUUCUGGGUUUGCAUGUUGCCCAAAAUCCCUUUUUCCCACACCAAAAAAAAAAAGAAGCCGCCGUUUCCCUCCCGCGUUUUUCCACCGCAGCAAAUCCCGAUGGAUUCACACACCCCCUUCCCCCCCCAAAUCCCAGCUGAUCCCAUUGAAUUUCCCUGGGUGCCACCCACCCAGCAGAGAAAAUAGGGAUUGAAAAACCCCUCUAAUGGGAGCUGGAAAAUCCUCAGGGAAUUCCCAGCGUUCCCACCCGGAAUCGGUCGUGGCGGCUCCGGGAGGAUCCGGCUCAAAUUCCCCCUCCCCUGUUUUUCCCUGUUGCUUUUUAUUUCCUUCUUUUACCCCAAUUUUCCUCAUCCUGCUCCAUAAACCUCCCCUCUUUUUUAAACUCUAGAAUUGUGUAGAAAUCAGGAAUAUUCCUUUUUAUUUGGGAAAAGCCCCAAACUUCCCAAUUUCGGGAGGAAUUUUAACGGAUAAAGAUUUUUUUUUCCUUUUUUUUUUUU